AUGGUCAUCUUCACAGGCAACUCAAACGAUGCACUUGCCAAAGAAAUAGCAUAAAUUCUCAAGAUAGAGCUUGGAAAUAUCAAAGUGGGCAGAUUCAAUGACGGCGAAGUCAGUAUAUAAGUCAAGGACAACGUCAGAUCCAAAAAUGUAUACAUCAUACUCACUUCCCCACCCGUCAAUGAAAGCUUGAUGGAAUUACUUCUCAUGGUCUCGACUAUGCGAAGAGCGAGCGCCAAAAAGAUCAUCGUGGUCAUGCCAUACUACGGAUAUGCUCGCCAGAAGAAAAACUGCGCCAAGAGUCCCAUUUCGGCUGCUGAUGUGGCUAGACUGCUCGAAACCGUAGGAGUCGACAGAGUUAUCCUGGUUGACGUCCACUCAGGUCAAAUCCAAGGCUUCUUUGGACCAAGAGUGCCUGUUGACAAUCUGGAGGCUACUGUGGCCUUGAAUUACUUCGUCGAGCAGAAGAAGAUACCCUUGAGGGACAUCGUGGUGGUUUCUCCUGAUGCUGGAGGAGUCACAAGAGCUAAAAACUUCCAAGCUCUUCUCUCCUCAGUGGGAGUGAAGGAGACUUCAUUGGCUAUGAUAAUCAAGCAAAGAAAAGCUGCAGGAGAGAUCGGAACAAUGCAUUUAGUGGGUAAUGUGGAGGGAAAACAAGCCAUCAUAAUUGAUGAUAUCAUCGAUACUGCUGGAACUCUAGUGGAAGCUACGAAGGUCCUCAAGGAAAAAGGAGCUCUGAGCGUGUCCUGCUUUGACCAUGGAUUGCUAACUGGAAAAGCUUUGGACAACAUCAAAGGGUCCCUACUUGAUCAAGUGAUCGUGACCAAUUCCAUCCCUGCGAAGUAAAAUGAAGAGAUCAUAACUGAUGGAAAGAUUAGGAGACUGUCUGUUGCACCCAUCUUGGCAGAGCCAUCUUUAGAAUCUAAACCAAGACCAGCAUUUCUUCUCUUUUCAGCAUCCCCAAGACGUGAUCAUGGAAUCAAUAGCAUAUCAAUAAAAAAUAUUCAAACUGGCAAAACUAUUGGUAUAGACAUGAAAGAAAUAUAA